CGGUGAAGAAGCGACUACGUGGAAGAAACUAAACCUUCUUCAAUCUCUCUCUUUUCGUCUUCCACUGGGAAAAAUUGCAGGAGAGAGAGAGAAAAUGGCGAAGCUUCUAAUUCUCCAGGCGCCUCAAGUAGUCUUUAGCAGUAGUAGGUCACUGGUCUCCGUGACGACGGCUUUAUACAGAAGACCUCUCCUCCUGAACUCCAGUUUCACCUCUUCGGAUUCGCAUUCAUCAUCCCAUAUCGUUCCUCGUCUUCGUUCUCGGAGAUUCUCGGCUCGUGCCUUUGACGAUUCACCUGCUUCCUCGGCUGAAUUAGAGAAAGAUCAGCCACGGGAUGGAGCUUCCCCAGUGGUAAGAGAUGAGGAGUAUCCUACAGGAGAAAUGGUGUAUGAGGAUAGAAACGCAUGGGAGAGCUUUGUAGUCAAGUUCCGGAUGCUCUUUGCUUAUCCUUGGCAGCGUGUUCGCAAAGGAAGCGUCUUGACUAUGACUCUGCGUGGCCAGAUCUCUGAUCAGCUGAAGAGCCGUUUCACUUCAGGGCUUUCCCUGCCCCAAAUCUCUGAGAAUUUGGUGAAAGCUGCAUAUGAUCCUCGUAUCGCUGGAGUCUACCUUCACAUUGAGCCUUUGAGUUGUGGGUGGGGAAAGGUUGAAGAAAUUCGAAGGCAUAUAUUGGAUUUUAAGAAAUCAGGGAAAUUUAUUGUGGGGUAUAUCAACAUAUGUGGACUGAAGGAGUAUUAUCUUGGCUGUUCAUGCAGCGAGCUCUAUGCUCCGCCUAGUGCCUAUUCCUUUCUAUAUGGUUUGACUGUUCAAGCUUCUUUUCUUGGAGGUGUCUUCGAGAAAGUGGGGAUUGAACCUCAGGUUCAAAGAAUUGGAAAGUACAAAAGUGCUGGAGAUCAGCUUGCUCGAAAAAGUAUAUCCGAGGAGAAUUACGAGAUGCUGAGCGUGCUACUUGAUAACAUCUAUGCAAAUUGGCUGGAUGGUGUUUCUGAUUCAACAGGGAAAAAGCGAGAAGAUGUUGAAAGUUUUAUCAAUCAAGGAGUUUACGAAAUUGAAAAGCUAAAAGAAGAGGGACUGAUAAAAGAUAUUCGGUAUGAUGAUGAGGUUAUAUCAAUGCUGAAAGAGAGGCUUGGAGUUGAAAAGGACAAAAAGCUUCCUACUGUUGAUUACAAGAAAUACUCAGGUGUUAAGAAGUCGACUCUUGGUCUAAGCGGUGGUCGAGACCAAAUAGCUAUUAUUAGAGCAGGGGGAAGUAUUUCUCGGGUUAAGGGUCCGCUGAGCACUCCUGGUUCAUCUAUUAUAGCAGAACAACUAAUUGAGAAGAUCCGCAGUGUAAGAGAGAACAAAAAAUAUAAGGCUGCCGUCAUCCGAAUUGACAGUCCAGGAGGCGAUGCACUCGCUUCUGAUUUAAUGUGGAGGGAGAUCAAACUAUUGGCUGAAACGAAACCAGUGAUUGCAUCAAUGUCAGAUGUGGCAGCAAGCGGAGGCUACUACAUGGCAAUGGCUGCAAACACCAUUGUUGCUGAAAACUUGACAUUAACUGGCUCAAUUGGAGUUGUCACAGCAAGAUUUACCUUGGCAAAACUAUAUGAAAAGAUUGGCUUCAACAAGGAAACUAUAUCUAGAGGAAAAUACGCUGAGCUUCUGGGGGCUGAGGAAAGACCUUUUAAGCCAGAGGAAGCUGAACUGUUUGGGAAGUCGGCACAGCAUGCAUAUCAGCUUUUCCGGAACAAAGCAGCUUUGUCAAGAUCGAUGCCUGUUGACAAAAUGGAAGAAGUAGCACAAGGCAGAGUCUGGACCGGUAAGGAUGCUCAUUCUCGUGGUCUAGUUGAUGCUCUCGGCGGACUCUCCCGAGCUAUAGCCAUCGCUAAGCAGAAAGCUAAUAUUCCUCUUGACAAGAAGGUAACUCUUGUCGAGAUUUCGAGACCGUCUACAUCACUACCAGAUAUCUUAAGCGGGAUAGGAAGCUCGGUGAUUGGAGUAGACAGAACACUGAAAGGACUACUCGAUGAGUUAACAGUCAGCAAGGGUGUACAAGCUAGAAUGGAUGGGAUCAUGUUUCAGCAACUUGGCCGAGAUUCUUUAGCAAGUCCUAUCAUUGAUCUUCUUAAAGAUUACCUCAGCUCUCUCCGAUGAUUCCAACCUUCACUUGAUCCGUUACAAAGAAACGUCUUCAAAAGCCUUACUUAAUAAAAGACUUCAUCAAUGAAAUUAAACUGAUAUCAAGUUAAAAACGAUUAUACAUGAAGUUAAUGUGAAAGAAGUUUCAAACAUAUAAAUAUGUACCUGCAGUGUCUCUCUAAUAACACCAAGCAUAUAAUGAA